AUGACCCGCAUUUUGGUUCAGCGAGGUUCUGGGUCAUCGUCGAGCCAGAAUAGAUCAUCUUCUUUGGUGCCAAGUUCUUCUUCUCUAGCCCCACCCCAGUCUCAGGUUACAAGUACUUCUCAGGUUGCUUCAGCUGUGAAAGAUGGUGAAUUGGGAGAGGAAGUGCCAGAAAAAGUGGCCGUGGAAGAGCUCUCAGAAUAUUAUGGUGCCAGUGACAGUAAGGGAGUGAAAAGUGAUGAGCUUUUGCAGCAAAGCUCGAACAAUGAUUGUAAUGAUGGUGAUUCUGAGGAAAUUCUUGAUGAUGAAAAAGGUGGGAUUGGGGUUGUGAUUGAUGAUGAUAUGGGUUCGAGGGAGUUGGUGAGAGGGUUAAGCAGGAUGAGAACUGCAGAGGAGGGAAAUGAAGGAUCGGGUGGAAGCUCUUUGCAGAUGGCAAUAGGGGGUUCCUAUCUACCUCUGCCUCCAGUCCCACCUCCAAAACGUUCUUCUGUGAAUUCAAAUUUGAGGAGAUUUGGAUCAGGUGGUUCAAGUGCUGUGUGUAUAGGAUCGUCUAGAAGAGCAGCUGUGUGGCCUAUUGUUUCAACUAGAACAUCACAAAGUGGGUCUCGGCCUUCUUCCCCCAGGUCUCAUUGUGAAAAUGAGGGUUACAAUAGUGCUGAUGAGAAAAGCCCUUGCUUUGGAUCCUCCUAUCAUGAUGCUGAGAGGGAACGCCAGUUUGAGAUUGAUAUAAGACGGGUAAAGGGCUUAGAAGUCAAAAGAAUGCUGGAUGAUGGGAACUGCCUCUUUCGUGCUGUUGCGGAUCAGGUGUAUGGGGACUCUGAAGUGUAUGAUUUGGUUAGGCAAAUGUGCAUAGAUUAUAUGGUACGAAAUUAUUUAUUUUUGAACUCCAAGUUUGGUGUGCAUUGUUAA